CAUCAGUUUCCAAGAGGCAAAUAUGAAAUUGUCGCAAAUAUUCUGGAUGUGUGUUCACAUAACUCGACUGGGUUAAUUGGAGAUUGUUUGGCUGCUGCCGUCACAUGUGCAGGAUUAGCUUUGGUUAACUCUGGUGUUCAAAUGUAUGAUCUUUUAGUCGGAUUAAAUUUGGAUCUGUCCAAUCUUGAGAAUAAAAGUGGUCAUAUUUGUGUUGCCGUUUUACCUCGUCUCCGUCAAUUUUCUAUGUUGUAUACAGUGGAUUCACAUAUGCCUCACACAGAGUUUCUUCAGAAAUCUCUAGAAUAUGCUAUGGACAACUGUGUUAAGCUUGCAGAUGUAGUUCGAAAUAAUCUUUGUGGGCAGGCUAGAGUCAAGCAAAUGAGUGAAUAA